GCGGGAAUGAUGCAGUCAGGAGAGUAACGCUUUCCUUCCGUGGUUCUCCACCACCAAUAUCAGUGUCUGCCCCCCGAUGUCAGUGACGUCAUCAGUGUCGGGCGGUGCGGGCGCGGAGGGCGUGGCCAACGACAUCAUCGACCUGGACCGCUACAUGCGCGCUGCUGUACGGCCUUCUGUCGGACGCAGAGGCGAGCGGCUGGUGGUGGACGCUGGGAGGGGUGCGGGGAGUGCGGCGGGCAGCAGCAGCGGCUCGGACGCACCGCUCCGCCCGCGCACGCACAAGCGAUACUCGCACGACAGCGGCGUGUCCGACGGCAGCUAUGUGCGCCGCAAGCAACGGCUUAGUAGACGUCCCGAGCUACGGCCUCGUGAAUCAAGCCGCCUCUCAUCAUCAUCCAUACGCGAGUUCAAAGCGGUCUGCGAGCGCGCGCUCCGUGAGCAACAGGAACAGAUCUCGCGCGUGGCGCAGCUGUGUGAGCGGCUCGCUCAGCCGGAGCGACUCGCUCAGUCGGAGCGGGAGCGCUCUGAGCGAACGGAACAGACUGAGCGGGGACGAGAAAGGCCUACUGAGCGCGAGCGAGCAAAGCGUCCGGUUCGCAGCGGGCGAUCCCGGGUGCGAAGCGAGUCGAGCGAAGUGUCCAGCACCAGUCAGAGCUCACACGACCAUAGGAGGAAGGAGAAGUUUAGUUCAGACUCGUGCAGAACAUACAAGAUCAUAAUGACAAAGCUGGAUGAACUGGGUCGCGCAUUCGCAGCGCGCCGGCAGUUGUCCCCUGCAAACCCCCUCGCUCGCCGCCCGCCCUCAUCCGCGUCCGUGUCGGUGUGCGACAAAUUCGUCGCAACUGACCCCGACGCAAGAGUCGCAAGGAGUUUAUCCCCAACGAUACAAACGGUGUACACGAGUGCGGUGUCGGAGCGGCGGCGGCUGCAGACCGCGCGCGGCGCCGCACUUGACAUCGCGCCUCACAAUCGGAAUAAUGUCGUUAUACACAGAGUAGUGAAAAGCGACUGUACGUCAGUGUGCUCGGCCACAGACCUAAACCAUUGCGGGUUUGACCUGGACGACCCUGUGCAUCUAUACGCUCAAGCGAAGCGUCUCAACCCGCUGUCAGGACGCGUCCCGUUCGGUCGCCCGAGCGGCCCGGCCCCGCCCGCGCCCCGCGCCCGCUCGCUGUGUGCGCUCUGCCGCGGCUACUGGCGCGCGCUCUGUCAGCGUCUGCCCGCUUACAUCAGUAGGGACUCGUAG